GAGUGUCCGUUGUCGUAAACGUUCAAGAAACCCUUCGUGCCAGAACCGUCGUGAAGACAAACCAUGAGGUGCCUACUAGCUCUCGCCUUUCUCGUCGUCGCUGCCAACGCGUUGUACUACGAGACGAAACCGGAGCUCGGGAAGUACCAGGACGAGGCCGAGUGCUUCCCGUACGAGACUUACUGGUACGUAGUCUACCGGACGUUCGAGCAUGACCCGUACCUCGACGAUGGCAAGUGCGCCUACAUAGCGCAGACCAAGCCCCUUGUGAACGGAACUGCACACGCACAUCUCAAGGACGCCACCGGACAAGUUCUGGAGUUCACGACGGAACUGCACAAGACGGAGGGAUACAAAUACUACAACAAGCACAACGUGACUCUGCUUAACGGACCCAAGAAAGGCCACAGCGUCUCAUUGUUUAGCGCGUACUCCGACUGUGACGAAUGCAAGGUCUACAGGCACCCGUACAUUGGCGAGAAUGCCUGCUCGCUGCUGGUACCUGCUCACAGGAAGAACAACCUGACCCACUCGUGCAAGUUCAUCUUCCACCUGCUGUGCGGAAGCAACUACGAGACCGUCUACGACGAGACUUGCAAGGCCAAAUGAGCUUGCCCCUGGAUCCGGCACGACGUAUAUGAAACAUUUAUGCGUUCAUUGUACCGCUGUAUGGUCUCCGCCUCCGUACAUUUGGCAUCCAAUAAAGGCAUUACUCCCCGCUGUA